GCGACUUUUCCGUAUUUGUGCUGUCUGGAUGAACAGAUAGGCAGAUUGUCACCGCAUACCGCGUCGCGAUGUCUCACGUUAUUGUCGAUCCUGAAGACCAGAUAUCUGUCCUGUCCGUUCAGUCCUUGGAUCCUUCUCCGGACACAAUCACUAGUCUAGUGAGGCGCGUGAAGACACUCACUCUCAAGCUCCUACCUCUCGAAGUUCCCCCGGACACUAUCAGCGACCCCACAGGUCGGAUUAUCACGCCCGCAGUAAUCAAUGCCUACAUCGACGCUGCCGGAGAUUUUGUCGAAGCUUUGCCGUACUGCCUACUCAGAGCGCGUAAGGAAUUCUUGUUCGAAGCGAAUCAUAACCCUGCCGAUUAUGGGGAGAACGACUGCAGAGCCACUGCUUGUGAGGUCCUCGCUCGCAGAAUAGUACACCAAGCUCCGCCCGAGAAGAUAUAUACCGUCAUGUUUACUCGGUACAGGUAUAGAGAGCUCGACGGAGAUGUCAGCGGCAGGUCAAGUGCCUUGGAGACAGCGAUCGACUCGCAUUGUACCAUCUUCCUGUCUUCCAGCGAAGCGCAGGAUGUGGUACAAGACCUCUGGUGCGGUAGAACUAUCCAGCUAUAUGACGCCGACGGCGAUACCAAGUUCGUCCCGAGGUCCGAACUCGAGUACGACAGCUUUUGGAGCCGCAUUGACCCUCAGCGUAUUGGAGUUCCCAGGUAUCAAAACAUAUUCGGCAUAACUGUUUGGUUCCUCUUCCUCUUCACAUACUCUCAAGCAGUUCGCGAGCCUUUGGAUAAAUUAGACCCCAACCACCGCGAUCUGGAUCUCUGGGAAGUUGUUAUGUAUGUUUUGGCUCUUGCAUUCUCUUUUGAAGACUUGCACAAGAUCUUCAAGUUGAUCACCCUAGUGACAUGGAGAGCCCUUGGAUUCUGGAACAUCGUUUCGUUCAUAUCGGAUUCUCUCUUGACCGCGGCCUUCGUCCUGCGUGUGGCGGGCAUUGUUGCUGCUAAUCAUGGUGGUCAAAGCGACAGUCUGCGUUACCACAGCUUCCAAUGCCUAAGUUUCGCUGCGCCGUUACUCUGGAUGAAGCUCAUCCCGAUAUUCGACGGCUACAAGUUCGUGGGGACGAUGCAAAUUUGUGUUGCCAGGAUGCUCAAGGAGUCCGGGUUCUUUUUCUGUCUUCUCGCGUUGCUCGGCAUCGGUUUCCUGCAGGGUCUCUAUGCCCUCGACGCCGCUGACGGCAACAGCGACCACCCCAUUGAAAUCUUGAAUGGGCUAAUCCAAGCGUUGCUGCAGGCGCCGAAUUACGACAUGUUUAGUGGCUCACCAGCUGGACUUGGGCUCUACUACAUGUGGAACGUUGCGACUGCUAUCAUCUUGCUCAACGUCCUCAUUUCUCUGUUCUCGUCGGCCUAUAACGAUGUGAUCGAAGAUGCGGCCGCCGAGUACCUCACAUACUUUGCGGGGAAGGUGGUUGGAAUGAUCAGAGCACCGGACGAGUUCGUUUACCCACCACCGUUCAACCUCGUCGAGACUUUCCUGGUGGCGCCUUUCGAGUUCUACGUGAGCCAAAAGACAUACGCGAAGAUCAACCGCCACGUGAUGCAGGUCGUGUUCUUUAUCCCGCUGUGCGUCAUCGCGCUGUUCGAAGCACACCUCGACCCUGCGAAAAACCGGUGGGUCAAGGACUGGUUCACCUCGCCCGACGAAGGCGGCGAGGACGCGCCACACUUCCAGGAUCCUGAGGUGAACGGCGAUGAUGGCGCGCGGGGUCUCAAGAUCAGCAAGGUGCCGUUCAGCGAGCUCAUCAAGGCGUUCCCGGAUACCACACACUCGAGCGAGACAGUGAUACUGAAGGAGUUCAAGGCGCUCCGGAAGGAGAUUACCGAGCUCAAGGAGCUUGUCAAGGGACUCGCUGCUGAAAAGCAGAAGACCGAAUGACCCGCGGUGGAAUGCGACAUACCCGGACCAUCAAAACAACUCACGGACUUGCUAUGAACACGACGACCCGUUGAUGAUGAUACCGGCUCCCCCGAUGGACGUUGCUCUGGCCUCCGCGUUCCGUGCUGUGCUGUUAAAUAUAGCAAAGAUAUCCUACAAGGUAUUGAUGUAUGUUGGCCGGCUCGGGCCCACUAGGUCUGAUCCAUAGCAUCUUGCCCGGGCUCUCGUGUCAGUUUGGUGAGGACAUCCAUGCCGCGGACAAAGAACGGGCGAAUCUCGUUGAUCUCCAUCGCGCAGAGGUUAUUUAGCAGCAGUUCGUUGUGGUCGAGCUUGGUGAGACCUUCGCGACUCUUGGCUUGCCGCGCUUCUCGGAUGUCUUUCAGCAAGGAGCGGAUUCGCUCUGGAUUCUGUAGAUCGUCUGGUGCG